AUGUCUCCCAGCGAACAAUACACCUGGUUCAUCACAGGGACAAGCCGUGGUAUCGGCUUGGAGCUCACUAAGCAACUGCUCCAAUCUCCGCAUAAUGUCGUUGUCGCUGCCUGCAGGAAUCCUGGCAAGGCAGAUAGCCUUCAGAGUCUGACGACUUCGGCAGGCGGGAGACUAUACAUCGUCCGGCUCGACGUAACAGAUACCCAAACAAUCAAGGAUGCCGCCCAGGAGACCGCCAAGAUUGUCGGAGAGAAGGGGAUCGACUACUUGAUUAAUAAUGCCGGAAUCGUACGUCCUAGUCACUUCCAGGUCUUUGCAUCUGCGUCCCUAACGACUCGUCGGCGGCUGCUCCUCACCCAGGGGAUUGGAGAUACCGCGUUCACGAUGGACAUAGACGACCUCACGAAAACCUUGCAGACCAACCUGGUUGGUCCUGCCUACACUUCCCAGGCAUUUAUUUCCCUGGUGGAGAAGAGCAAGAAGAAGACCAUCGUCAAUAUCUCAAGCACAUUGGGUAGCAUUGGAAGAGAUUUCGGACCUCAGUAUGCGUCUUAUGCGGUCACCAAGGCGAGCCUCAACAUGCUGACGUACAAGCAAGCGAAGGAGCGGCCUGAUCUCACCGUGCUUUCAAUAUGUCCAGGUCAUCUCCAGACUGAUAUGGGUGGUGAGAACGCGGCGUUGCCCGUCUCCGUCGGGGUCGCUGGAGUUCUCAAAGUUGUCACUUCCCUGACGCCGAAGGACAGCGGGUCGUUCAUGAAUUUCAGGGGUGAGCGGGUACCGUGGUAG